UCGAACCCUGGCUGUUUUUCUAAAUGAAACUGUAAUCUUAGAUAUGUAUCAUUAGCAUUCUUAGUUCUUUUUAAACACAUAAUCUAACAUUCAAGUUAAACAUCCAGAGCAUGUAACAUGUCUGUGUAUCUGUGUACAUGAUGAGUUCACUGUGACCAGAUUUGACCUGAAGGACUCCUUUGCCCAGUUUCACCCUGACACAGACCAGUGGUGGAAACAAGGCUGGACAUCUUUACUCCAGAACAAAGACAAGGACUUUUAAAACUGCCACCCAAAACAUGACUUUCAUCAGCUGUGAUUUGUUACAUCCACCUCUGAAAAACGCAGCAGUUGAAUCCCUGUCACUGCGACACAGACGGACACAACGGAGUGACAGUGGCCAUGAUUAAAGUGCUGUAAGCUUUUUAAAUGGUGUAGUGUUUAACCGGGCGCAAUGGGGCUGCUGGAUAAACUGUCGGGCUGGCUCGGCCUGAGGAAGAAAGAGGUCAACGUUUUGUGUUUGGGGCUGGACAACAGCGGCAAGACGACCAUCAUCAACCAACUGAAGCCUGCCAAUCACUCGAAUCAUUUAGGCCCAUUCUCAGAAGAGUGGAAACAUGCUAGUCAGACGCAGACACAAGAAAUAGUCCCAACGAUUGGCUUCAACAUUGAGAAGUUCAAGAAUUCAAGCCUGUCUUUUACGGUCUUUGACAUGUCGGGGCAGAGCAGAUAUAGAAACCUAUGGGAGCAUUACUACAAAGAAAGCCAUGCCAUCAUUUUCGUCAUCGACAGUGGUGACAAACUGAGGAUGGUUGUUGCCAAAGAGGAGCUGGAAAUUCUCCUCAACCAUGAAGAUAUCCGCUGCAAAAGGCUUCCAGUAUUGUUUUUCGCCAACAAGAUGGAUCUGGACGGCGCCAUGUCUUCUGUCAAAGUCUCACAGAUGUUGAGUUUGGAGAACAUCAAAGACAAACCCUGGCACAUCUGUGCCAGCAAUGCCAUCAAAGGAGAGGGCCUGCAGGAGGGGCUGGAGUGGCUGCAAGAACAAAUCAGACAAUCAUAUCAAAACAAUGAACAAAUGACUGACUGAGUGUGACCAUGGACACGAUGUGAAUAUGGUAACUGGAUCUCAUCCUUCAUCACACUCGAUGUUGUAGGCCUUAAACUUCGAUGUCAAAUAGCCUAUAGUUCUUCCUGAGCGUGCUACGACUUUGACACCAUGUUUUGUUAAAAAGAAAAUCCUGCAAAUAAUAUAAAUGAUAUAUGAUAAUCUGUAAAGUGAUUAUUUAGAGCAGCCUAUAAUAGAUAAUUACCGAUGUUAAACAUUAUUAUUACACAAACAACACACUAUUGAAAAUACCCUCAAUUUUUAUUUCUGUAACAUUUCAACCUUUUUAUUUUGAAGCUGCUUCUUUUGUAUUCCGUGACACGUGCUUU